ACACAUGGUUUCUCAUACCUUCCCUACUGCUCAAAACUCUUCUUUCCUUUCCAUAUCAAUCUUAUCUCAUCAUCCACCCAGAAAUCUUAGCACGCUGUGCAGAAAGAAUCUUAUUUGCAGUCCGAAAAUUUCAGACUCCUCUUUAUAACCCCCGUUUUCUCAGUUCUCCCUUAGCCUUUGUUUCUUGGGGAGGGGUCUCAUUUUAUUUUUCGACUUUGAUCGAAUUCGAUGCGAAAAAUAUAGAUAUUGAGUGGGGACAAAUAUAUCAAAUAUACUCAGAAUGAAGCAGAGAAUCUCUUGUCCGAUCAAAUAUACGGAGCACAGAAAUGUCACCAAGAAGUUCACCAAAGGGUUGAAGAACAGGAGAGUAUCUGAUCACUCUGCGGCUGCUUCCAGGGUGGUACGGAUAUCGGUGGCGGACCCAGAUGCGACGGAUUCAUCCAGUGAUGAGGAGGGAGAGUUUUUCCCUCGGCAGCGGGGGAAGCGGUAUGUGAGCAUAAUCAAUAUCGAGGAUGGUUGCAAGAACGGGAGCGGGAGCGGGAGCGUUCUUUGUAACAAACGGAAGAGAACGACGGCGGCGGCUGCGGCGGCGGCGCCAGCGGCGGAAGUUCCUGUUGGUCCACGGCAGGUCAAGGUUUCUUUGAAGACGAAUGGCAAGAAGUUUAGAGGAGUACGGCAACGGCCCUGGGGAAAAUGGGCGGCGGAGAUUCGAGAUCCCGGCCUCCGUAAGCGGCUGUGGCUGGGAACCUACGACACAGCGGAGGAGGCUGCUAUUGUGUAUGACAAUGCCGCGAUCAAACUCCGUGGACCGGACGCGUGGACAAACUUCGUCACUCCGCCGGCGAGAGGAACUGAGAAUGAGAAGCCUCGGAUUGAUAUGGCUUCGGUUUCCGGGUACGACUCCGGCGACGAAUCUCGCAAUCUUUCUUCUCCGACUUCGGUUCCGGAACACGAGGUGUUCCCGGAAUGCGAGGGAGAAAUGAGUCUAUUCGAUGACUUCGGCGAUUGUUUGCUAUCGGAUUAUUUGGAUAAGCCGUUCCCCGACGCGUUCUUAGACAUCCCAGUUCCGGAAUUAUCCCCGUUGCACCCGUCGUCAGAGAUUUCGCCGGACAACAGCUUUCUGAACAGUAAUGAUUUCGGCGACGAGUUUCUCGACACGCCGCAAGACCUCGGUUCUUCACCGACAUCAUCGUCGACGUUUAAUGUGGACGACUUUUUCCAAGACAACGGCGAUUUGUUCUCCUCAGACCCGCCCGAGGCGCUCUGAAAGAAGAGAAACGAAGCGAUCCGUCUCUGGAGUUAGAGUACUCAUCGCCGUUUUGCUUGCCAAUUUUCCGGCAGAUUUUGUACCGGCGGGGACAAGACCGGCUUAGUUUAAAAUAAAAAAUGUUAAUUGUAAUGUUCCAGUUUCAUAUUAUUAAUAUUUUAAUUGUAAGUUUUUUUAGUAAAAAUAAUAAAUUUUAAAUUUAAAU